CAGGAAGCUAAGGUACGGAGGAACUUUGGGGCAAGGCAGAUAGACGUCUUAUCUCUGUAUAAGUAACGCUGUCUCUGCUUUAUUUAAACUACUCCAAGAGCGGUCCGCCCUUUGCUGUCUGGUAAUCCAAUCCAUUCAUCAUCAAAAAUCAAUAUAUUUACAAUGGCGCAAAGCAUUAGCGGUAACAACAUCUUGAACCCCUUUGCCAAGGGUCCUGGGCCCACCAAGCCCGAGCACAUGCAAUAUGGAGACCACUCGAGCAGCUACUGGCCAGAGGGCUGGAACUACCAGAGGUACAGCGACGCGACGGCAGAGGACAUAUUGUCGCUGCCCGACGGCGAGCUGGACAAGAUGCAGGCGGGGCUGAGAGAGGUUCUGGGCGAGCACGGCGCGGCGGCCAUGUCCAAGCACAACUUCGAGAGGAGGCUCUCGGGCGGCGCGACGAUGCUGGAUGCCUACACAAGCAACGCGCGGGACCGCAGGGCGAGCGUGAGCAGCAACAGCGCCGCCGACGCCGUGACGCCGAGCUGGCUCAAGCAGUGGAGGAAGCGACACGAGGGCCAGCCGUGGGGGUUCGUCGGCGUGCGGACGGGAUGCUACGGCGGGGGUGGCGCCGACCAGAGGUGGCAGCAGUUCCGGGCGCAGUUUCAACGCAUCCUCGAGGUGCCCUUCGAUUGGGCCGUCGAGAAUGGCAGAAGCGGCGGCGGCGGAAGCACCAGUGGCGGCAGUGGGGAAGCCGCGUCCAAAGCGCGGGAGAUGUUUGAGGUGCGCUGGAUUGAAGACCCCGCGCUCGAUGGUGCGGAUGUGCAGAUCCUCAGGGGUAAAUUCCAAGAGCUUCAAUCCACGCUUUCGCCAGGCUUCAGCCAACCGAUCUUCCUCUCGGCAACGGAUCAGGUCGUCGAUUCAGUGCUCGCAUUGGCACCCGAGGACCUCCCAACGACGGCCUCGCGGCGCGGCAGAAAUCCCGCGCCCUGGAUACACGUAGUCGCCGCCUCAGCGGACCGCGGCGUGCCGGACGAGCAUGUCGAGGCGGCCUGGUUUCGCGACGUGUUCAAGGUCGCCAUCGAGGUCCUUGCGGAUGAAUUGUGGUGGAUCGUCGACUCGGGCACCAUGCCGCUUCGACGCAUCACCCGCGGCGUCAAGGGCGAGGGUGUGGCGGCGGACGCAGGGAACGACGAUCUAGAGGACAUUUGGUGGUCCACGGCGCCUUCGGCUGAACGGUUGAAGAAGGUUACUGAAGGCGACGACUAGUUCUAGUCUGCCGGUAGCUUGUUGUAUUUUCAUUUAUCCCCCUCUUUUUUGUUGGUUUCUCAGUUGCACGUAAUACCACCUGUGUAUGUCAGCUUCUUCUACUCCGUCUAGCGUUCAAAAGUACGACUGCAUCUAAAGUAUCGCAUCUACUUAUUCUGCUCGCUGCCAAAGUUCCUAACCGUUAUCCGCAGCUCGAUUCUCGGUCGGUUUGCCUUACCGGCAAGCUAGCUUUAAAUUCUUGCUUCAGUCCCCUAUUGUGUCUCACACUAUUCGUUCGCCACAAUUUACGUGCCAGUUCGUGGGGCAGCCUCCGCGCUAAAUCUCCCCAUGGGACAAUAGACAUAUUUCCC